AGAAUGACUGCCUUUCAGUGACAUUUUAUAGUAUGAUAAGGCUUCGUUAUUCGUUUGUAUAAUAGCGGCUCCACGGGCAUCUAGUAAUUACUAAAUACUAAUUAGUUAUAGUUCCUAUCAGUUCUAUUCAAAUUUUCUGCCGCUAGCAAUUUUGAUACUAAGUUAUGGCUUCGUCGAUUUUCAAGCUUUCCUCGGUAUUGGUGAAUUCAUCGAAAAACUUGCGAUGUGUCGUUCGUCUGGUUGAGAAACGACAAUUAACCACGACAAAUGUCAGAAAUAGAAAGGAGCGCGACACGAUGGGCGAGCUGGACGUGCCUGAUGAUAAGCUGUACGGCUCCCAGACCGUUCGAUCUAUCAUUAACUUCCCCAUCGGUGGUAUUGAGGAGCGGAUGCCGUACCCCGUUAUUGUUGCAAUGGGGAUCUUGAAGAAGGCAGCUGCUAAAGUCAACGUUGAGUAUGGAUUGGACAAAAAAAUUGCGGAUGCGAUAAUCCAGGCGUGUGAUGACGUAAUAUCUGGGAAGCUGUACCGCGAGGGUCACUUCCCCCUUGUUAUCUGGCAGACGGGCUCCGGCACUCAGACCAAUAUGAACACUAACGAGGUAAUCGCCAACCGCGCAAUCCAGAUCCUAGGCGGCAAGCUCGGCUCAAAAGAUCCAGUGCACCCCAACGACCAUGUGAACAAGUCCCAGAGCUCCAACGACACGUACCCUACUGCCAUGCAUAUUGCGGUCGCCAUGGAGCUCCGCGACCGCCUCAUGCCAGGGCUCGUGGUCCUUCGAGAUACGCUCGACUCAAAGGCCAAAGAGUUUGAUAAGAUUAUCAAGAUCGGGAGGACACACUUGAUGGAUGCGGUCCCGCUGACCCUGGGUCAGGAGUUCAGCGGUUACGCGGCACAGCUGACGUAUGGCAUCGAGAGAAUCUGUGCCACGCUGCCGCGCCUGCACUACCUGGCACUGGGUGGUACCGCCGUGGGCACGGGACUCAACACGCGCAUCGGGUUCGCGGAAAAGUGCGCCAAGGAGAUCGGAGCUCUCACUGGAAUACCGUUCGAGAGCGCGCCCAACAAGUUCGAAGCGCUGGCGAGUCACGACGCCAUGGUGGAGGUGUCGGGGGCGCUCAACACCAUCGCCUGCUCCAUCAUGAAGAUCGCGAACGAUAUCCGGUUGUUGGCAUCCGGUCCGCGAUGCGGUCUCGGUGAGCUGAUGUUGCCAGAAAAUGAACCCGGAUCAUCAAUUAUGCCAGGCAAAGUGAACCCGACGCAGUGCGAGUCGCUGACGAUGAUAGCGGCGCAGGUGAUGGGCAACCACGUGGCGUGUACGGUGGGCGGCUCCAACGGACACUUCGAGCUCAACGUGUUCAAGCCCAUGAUGGUGGCCAACGUGCUGCGCUCCAUUCGCCUCAUUGGUGACGGAUGUCAGUCGUUCAACGCUCACUGCGCGGUUGGUAUCAAGGCUAACACCGCACAGAUCAGCAAGAUCAUGAAGGAGUCGCUUAUGCUGGUCACAGCGCUCAAUCCUCACAUCGGCUACGAUAAGGCGGCGCAAAUUGCAAAGACGGCGCACAAAGAAGGUGGCAAUCUUAAGGACACGGCGAUCAAACUAGGAAUCCUGACUGCUGAGCAGUUCGACCAGUGGGUCAAACCCGAGAACAUGCUUGGACCGAAGUAGACCGCGAACCGAAAUGGAAUAAUUCUUUAUGCAACGGCUCCUUGUCUAUUUAACUGAACGUUUCGAUUUUUCUGAACUCGCAAUCUAUAUCGAUAAAGCACCGAUUGCUAUAAUUAUUACUUUUUUUUUUGUCGAAAUAGACAAAAAUUUUUACUCAAUUUUAAACCCAUACAUUUGGUAAAGCUGUUAUAGUUUCUUUCAUAAGUAGGUAAGUACUUCCGACAUAGUCCCGAAUGAGCUUUGGCUAAAAUAAAUAAAACAUACUUCUGCUCGAUAAUUUUUUAGAAUUAUCUGUUAAGAUAUUUAUUGCGACAUAAAAAUCGAAUCGAAAUUUGGUGAAGACAGUAUUAAUGGUAUAAAAUAUUAAAUUAGAAAUUAAAAUCGGAAAACGAUCUAGAACAUUUAAUUUAAUAGUAUUCUUUAUUGGAAUUAAGUCGCUGGGAACUGUUACAAUAGUAUGAGGUAUCUGCUUCGACUCAUUUUAUGAAACGUUUUUUUUUUAGAUUUUGUUCAAAAAACGUUUCGUAAUUAUUGUACUAAAAAUAAUGUAUCUAAUAUAUUAUUUUUUAUUAAUUAAUGCACUGCCACACCGUUUAUUUCAUAUACAAUAUAAAAAUUGUCUUUUCUGGAAAUGUUAUUAGCCGGUUGGGUUUUUCAUGGUAUUAGUCUGGUGUCCUAGUCUCGACAAAGUGAUAGGAUAUAAACCAUUGAAUGAAUAAACCAAACUCGACACAACUCGAUUGAUCACCAUGAUUAUUGUUAUAACUCAAGAUGGCGCUGCAACUUAUACAGAAAGGCUGUUGAACCGGGCCGAUCUUUGAUAGAUUAUAAUAAUAUUUUUUUUGUUACAUUACUUUUAAAAGAAUUUGUGUAUUAUAAAAUAUACAUAAUUGUUUAUUGAAAUGUUUUUGUAUUACCGACUGUAUGUUGUUUGUAGUAUAAUGACAUAAUUAUUAUAUUUUUUUUUAUUAAAGACUAAAAAUGUAUUAAAUGUGUUCACUUGUUAA